UUGCGGAUUGAUCGAUGCUUCUAAAGGAAGUCGGGUCUCCAGCUGGUCUGCUUCUUAGCACACUACUGCAAGAGUAAGGUAACUCACUUCAGCUUAGCCCCUUUUAUCAAUCAGGGUUUGAUUUGAUUUUUCUUGGAUUCAUGACAAUGUGGAGUUAUAAUUACCCAAACUACGAGCGGAUGUUAUGCAACUCUUCACCAGGGGCUAGCUAUGCCGACUAUUUGCUGCCUGUGGCUUUUGACUCUGAAUAUUACAAUUAUCAUUAUUAUUAUUAUCCUAGCACUAGCAUCAGUAACAACAUUAUUCUCCUUAAUCAUCAACAACAUAAUCCAUAUCACUACCGGAUGGAUUACCCAUCUGUUCCGAUACGGAACCUGUUCGCCGGUGAAUUGCCAUUGUUUCACCAAUCUGUUCCGAUACGGAGCCACCGUGCACAUCCUCAUCCUUACCGUGCAUCAUACCCUGUUAGGUCUAGAUGGGCACGACGGCCUGAUCCUGCACCAUGCUCUGUUAGGCCUAGACGGGCAUGUCGGGCACGUCCUGAUCCUGCACCAUUCUCUGUUAGGCCUAGACGGGCACACCCUGAUUAUGCACCAUGCCCUGUUAGGCCUAGACAAGCAGAUCCUCAUCGUGCACCUUGCCCACCUUGCCCUGUUAGACCUAGACGGGUGCGAGUUUUGGCUCCCAGGAGAAGAAGGAAUAAUACCAGGAGCUGCGGAUUGAAUGUGCAGUUCUCUUUGCAAGUUUCAAAAGUUGGAAAUCAAAGACGUGUUUUCCGCAAUCCAUCCUGUUUUCGAGGUUUAGCUCAGGGGAGAACAACCACAUACCAGGGUUCUCGGCAUUUGGGGGAAGGGAAAGGGAAAAGGAGCCGCAACUUUCCUAUGCGGACCCCUUUGCAAGUUUCAAGUUUACCUAAAACAAGACGCAUACGCUAUCCCUCCCAUUUUCAAGCUUCAGCUUUUAAAAAGAGAAAGAGAUCACAUGCUCGUACAAAGUCGUCUUUCCAGGCUCCAGCUUUCCAGAAAAGAAGCUACAAACAGGUCCCUUUGCGAGUAUCAAAUCAGCGUAGGAAAAGAAGCCACAAAUUUAAGAAAUGGUUCCCUUUGCGAGUUUCAAAUCAGUGGAGAAAAAGAAGCCACAGAAGUUAUGCUUGUUUCAGAUGUAAAAAACAAGGUCACUUUGCCAUCAGGUGUCCCCUAAACUUGAUGCACAACAAGUCUAGGAUUCCUUCACCAGUUCCCGUCUUUGUAGGAGAAGAUGGCUUACAAUACUCUCCCCCAUCCUUGAUUUGUCAGUGUGGUCUCCGUUGUUUACUCAAAUUUAAAAAAUUCCAGGAGAAAACUAGUCGGAAAGCCUUCACUUGCUCGCUUAGAAGCUGCAGAAUUUUUAGAUGGGAAGAUGAGGUGAACAAGGAUGAGCUGAUAAGUGUCCCAAAAUGCCAGUGUGGGGCGGGCUUUUGUCGCCAAUGUACCGAGUCAGGUCGCAAGUAUUUUGCCUGUCCUAUUAAAAAGGGACAGGGAGCCUGUACAUUUUUCAAGUUGCUUAAUGAUGAAUCACUGAUAAAUAAUAAACAUGUGGACGAAAGAAUUACCCCUCCUAAUCUUACAGUAGGGGAUUGCACUGGUACCUUCCCUGUGAACAGUGUUCAGAAGGAGAGCAGAUCGUCUUGUGUACCGGACACUGUUAAACGUUAUCCUAAACAAAGAAAAAUAUCAGGUAAUCAAAAGUUGGAACUGAUGGAGAUGGAGUUAGAGUGUGAAGAAGAUGCAUCAAGUAAAACUCUGAGAAAGUGCCACAAACGAUUUCGAAAUGGAGCUCCAAAAUAUGAUAGGUCUUUUCUCCAACACUGUCGUUGAGUUCAUCAAUGUUUCCUCAAUCCUACAGUGAAGGGGGAGAUACUGAAGGAGUUAAUGUCAGGAAAGUAUGUUUCAGUGACGGACCUCUUAUGAGGAAAAUGCUCUGGCAGGUCUUUCUGUCCUGAAGUAAUGCCGUUUGUCAUUGUGAUAUUAAUACUGUAUGAUUUUUGUUGUGUUUUUAGUUUUUACUGCAUGACAUCUUAUUGGUGUA